AUGAUCAGGGACCUUACCAGCAAAACCAAGCAAAUUGUCACAAAACUUCUUUCUGAAUUGUUGUGUGAGGAAGGACUAGGAUUGCAAGUUGAAAGUGAAGUGGUGGUUUCGGUAAAACAACCCUUGGUAACUGUGUCCUCUGAAUCCCAGUGUCCUCCACGUGUGGCCUUACCAGGACUCUGCGUAGAAGACAAGGACCGUCUCCCUCAGCCUGGCAACACUGCUCCUAAUGCAGACCCAGAUACCACGAGAUCAAAUCAAAUGACAGCACAACCCAUUCCAGCUUUGUCUUAUGUAAAAACAUGCUAUGUUUCAUCAUCCAGAUCACUAAUGACAGUAGAAAUUGCUCCAGUUGUUAACCGAUACAACAGAAGAGUAUCAGUUUGUGCUGAAGCUUUCAAUCCGGAUGAAGAGGAAGAAGAUACAGAACAAAGGGUAGUUCAUCCAAAAACUGAUGAACAGCGAUGCAGACUGCAGGAAGCAUGUAAAGAUAUCCUGCUCUUCAAAAACCUAGAUCAGGAGCAGCUAUCUCAGGUCCUUGAUGCCAUGUUUGAGAGGAAGGUGAAACCUCAGGAACAUGUGAUUGACCAAGGUGAUGAUGGAGACAACUUCUAUGUCAUUGAGCGGGGUUUGUAUGAUAUUGUUGUAGCAAAAGACAACCAGUCACGCUGUGUGGGCCGCUAUGAUAAUCACGGCAGUUUUGGGGAACUGGCCUUGAUGUACAACACUCCUAGAGCUGCCACCAUUGUUGCCACAACAGAAGGAGCCCUUUGGGGACUGGAUCGAGUGACAUUCAGAAGAAUUAUAUUAAAAAACAAUGCAAAGAAAAGGAAGACGUAUGAAUUAUUUAUUGAGUCUGUGCCCCUCCUUAAAUCCUUGGAGGCAUCAGAGCGAAUGAAGAUAGUGGAUGUUAUAGGAGAGAAAGUGUAUCAAGAUGGGGAACGUAUAAUUUCUCAGGGUGAUAAAGCAGAUUGUUUUUACAUUGUAGAAUCUGGUGAAGUAAAAAUCUUGAUUAAAAGCAAGACCAUGACGAGUAAAGAAGCUAACCAAGAAGUGGAGAUUGCCCAGUGUCACCGAGGGCAGUACUUUGGCGAGCUUGCGCUUGUUACCAACAAACCCAGAGCAGCCUCUGCCUAUGCUGUUGGGGAGGUCAAAUGUUUAGUCAUGGAUGUGCAAGCAUUUGAGAGGUUGCUUGGACCCUGCAUGGACAUUAUGAAGAGAAAUAUAACACAUUAUGAGGAGCAGCUGGUGGCAAUGUUUGGCUCUAGCAUGGACCUGUUGGAUCCAGGGAAUUAGGCACAGGGUACCUCAAUGCCUUCUUAGUUCAAGACACAGAAAAGCCUCCUAUCAGCAACAUGACUCAAAAGGAAAACGGACACUAUGGAACAGUUACUGCUGCUGUCUUCUUGGGCAUUUUAGAAACCAUUAAACAAGUCUCAGCACAGAUGGAUUGCUCACUCCCUGCCUCCACUUUGCUGCUGAUACUUCAUUAUUAGACCUAGAUUAAAGAUGAUUCUAACCCUAUGUUCACUUACUUGGUUCAGAAUGGCAUCUGUCCAACAGUUCAAGUGCCUGAUUGAAACCCAAAGUGUGCAAGAUAUAGAAGCCUCCUUCCUUCUGGUGUUACUGUUGGGAUACAUUUUCAGAUCAGAUUCUCUAGUGGGAGGAUGCCUGCUCUGCAGAGGCAACCUGUGGAAUAGGAGCCUUUUACAGGCUUAUUACCUACAUCUGAUGCGUUCCUUACACAAUGUCAAAUUUGGUUUUAAUUGUAGUGUCUGGGUUUGAA